AUGGCCGCCUCGCCCAGCUCAGCGGACGCCGCGUCAGAUGUAGAGCACCGGAGCUCUCCUGCUCCAGAAACCAAGUCGUUUGCUUCGCGCGCCGAAGUCGACGAUGAAGACACCAUCAUCGCAACCCCUUCCGAGGCCGCUGAGAAGCCCGCCAGGAGCAAGGGUAAAGGAAAAGACAAGGACAAGGACAAGGACGCGCAGCCUCAGAUUGGCAAAAUCCGGCAUUUGAAGAAGGAGGAUGGAGAGCCUCUGUGGCGCAAGGAUAUCCAGUACGACUUCUUGAGGGCCGUCUUCGACAAUGAACAAAAGGUCUUUACCAACUCGUACGACACUGAACUGGAGAAGCAAUGCUUUGCCGACUUGUACAUCGACACCAUGGCGCGCAGUUCCAAGACAAGCAAAGUGCUAAGGGACAAGUUGAUGAAUGACCGAGAAGCUGCCAAAGGCAUGGCAAUGGUCUGUUUGCUGGUUAACAUGGGCCGCAUGAACACGACUCUCAACUUCUUUCCUGAAAUGCGAGCGCAGCUGCGGACAUAUCACGCCAUUCCUUCUCUCCAAGCGCAGCAAGAUCCUCACGCCUACAAGCAGCUGCAAGACGCCCCGCGUCUAAAGUCCAUACUCAAGGGCGGCGCGGAGGAUCGCGACGAACCGAAUUCUUUGGACAAGAUUAAGCAGCGUGGGAUUCCUCGCACCAAUCCCGUCAACCUCAUUUUUGUCAUGUGCAACUCGGCGCAAAAAGUCGCAGAAUUGCAUUUCCCGCUCCAUCGCGAAUUUCACGACGUCAUUAUGAAAACCCAAUACACCAGCAUGUCGAGAGCAAAGGCUUUUUUGUGGCUAAUGUGGUUCUACCUCGAAUCUGAUUUUACGGAGGAGGGAUGUGAGGAGAAUCCUUUCGGCCCUGGCGUAGACUACGGUCUCGAUGUUGCCAACCAAGGAGUCCCUAAGCUCGAAGAAAUGACCGAGGAGCAGGAAGCCGCAGAGAAUGUUGACCCAGCUGUCGAGAUUGAGUUUGAGCGAGAGAAGCGUGGCAAAGCUCGACCAUCGCUGGCAGAUGAUGGCCCUGCGAUUUUGCCCCGAAUCCGACCUUCCAAGCAUGAAUCUGACAUUGAGAGUACGCGAUCGACACCUCCUCCGAGAGCACUAGCCCGAACGAUUGCGGUUAUGAAUGGACGUCGAACGGCUCCUCUCAAGUAUCAGAUUUUCGAAGGUUCCUCGCCUGCUCGCCACGGAAACGAGAGUGGCGUUGUCGCCAGAAAACCUCGUCCGCCGACAGCACAUCAGCUUGCCGUUGAGCGAAACCGAAGCCAAAGAGUAGAGUACAUUCUUGACCGUGGCCUUCGAAAACACCAUCACAAAAGCAGAAAGGCUGAUCCUUUCGAGGAUAGCGAUGGCGAGGGCCAUACUCCACGCAACUUGCCUGUCAGUGGUGAUAAAGGCAGCAAUGCCUUUAGAGAAAGGGGCAUAGGCGGGCUCUGCCUGUUGGCCACCGACAAGGACGACUAUGGCGAGGAGGUGAGCUCGUAUGCCGCCUCCAUUCGACGAUCGACGCGCCGUCUGGCUCGUUGGCGAGGGCACGAAGACGAGCUUGGCGUGAUUCCCACAACCAAGAAGCCCAAGCCAGCCACGGCCAACGAGAAUGGCAACGGCGAGAAUUUGAUUGAUGGGGACGAUGACAAGGACGCAAAUGGCGACACUGCCAUGCUGGAUGAUGUAGACAUGGAAGAUGCCGAUAACGCGGCGAUUGUGGAUGAGGACGUUGAUGACGCGGAUAAGACAGAGGAGGCCAUGGUGGACUCGGAUGGUGAGUAG